AUGCCAACCGGUGAAUUCAGUAGUGGUGGCGGUGGUUGGAGAGCCUUGAGAAGCUUUACCUUCCAAGUGCUCACCGGCCAGUGGUUCAUGAUUUUUGCCUCCCUCUUAAUCAUGUCCAUGUCUGGUGCAACUUAUAUGUUCGGCCUCUACUCUGGCGACAUCAAAUCAUCCCUAGGUUAUGACCAGACAACCUUAAACCUCAUAGGAUUCUUCAAAGACUUAGGCGGAAAUAUAGGAAUCAUAUCUGGCCUUAUCAAUGAAAUUACACCACCUUGGGUUGUUCUUUCGAUUGGAGUAAUUAUGAACUUUUUCGGCUACUUCAUGAUAUGGUUGGCCAUCACUGGCCGGACGGCCAAACCCCAUGUGUGGCAGAUUUGUCUAUAUAUAUGUAUUGGUGCAAAUUCACAAACAUUUUCCAGUAUUGGGGCACUGAUUACUUGUGUUAAGAAUUUCCAGGAGAGUCGAGGAAUAGUCAUAGGGCUUCUCAAGGGAGUUGUUGGCCUAAGUGGUGCGAUUAUCACACAAUUAUACCAUGCUUUUUAUGGACAGGAUUCUAAGUCUCUUAUUUUACUUAUUGGGUGGCUUCCGGCGGCUGUUUCUUGUAUUUUCCUUCGAACAGUUCGACUCAUGAACGUUGUCCGGCAAGAAAAUGAGCUCAAAAUCUUCUAUGGUCUACUCUAUGUAUCGCUAAGCCUUGCUGGUUUCCUGAUGAUUCUGAUUAUCUUACAAAACAGACUUUACUUUCCUCGAGUUGCGUAUGCAGGAAGUGCCAGUUUUGUGCUGAUUUUAUUGUUUUCUCAACUGGUUGUUAUCAUCAAAGAAGAAUUCGUCGUCUGGAAGAACAAGAGACUAGAGUUAAAAGACCCCCUUCAAUUGAAAGUUGAUUCUCAACUGCCAAAUCCGCCACCACUUGAAGAACCUCGGCCAACAACAGGUGAUCAAGUAAAGCACCAAAAUCCGGCAGAUUCCUGGUGGAGCAACCCUUUCAAACCACCAGAAAGAGGCGAGGAUUACAACGUAUUGCAAGCAAUUUUCAGCAUAGAUAUGAUAAUUCUAUUUACUGUCAUAACAUUUGGAAUUGGGGGUACAUUGACAGCAAUCGAUAAUUUAGGCCAAAUUGGUAAGUCCUUGGGAUAUCCAAGUAAAAGCAUAACCACAUUUGUGUCACUAGUAAGCAUAUGGAAUUAUCUUGGAAGAGUAGCCUCCGGUUUUGCCUCAGAGAUUUUCUUGGUAAAGUACAAGUUCCCACGUCCCUUAAUGCUCACAUUAGUACUUCUGCUCUCUUGCGCUGGCUAUCUUCUCAUCGCAUUGGGGGUCCCAAAUUCUCUAUAUUUAUCCUCUGUGAUUAUGGGAUUCUGCUUUGGAGCCCAAUGGCCGUUGAUUUUUGCAAUCAUAUCAGAAUUAUUCGGGCUCAAAUACUACUCUACAUUGUACACUCUAGGUGGUGGGGCCAGCCCGCUUGGGGCUUAUAUUUUGAAUGUUAGAAUAACAGGUUACUUAUAUGAUAAAGAGGCUAUGAAGCAAUUGGCAGCCAAUGGACUCGUUAGGAAAGAAGGGCAAGACUUGACAUGCAUUGGCGUGGAGUGUUACAAACUCGCUUUUCUAAUAAUCAUGGCAGCGACACUGCUAGCGUGUGUAAUUUCAGUCAUUUUGGUGCUUAGGACUAGAAAUUUUUAUAGAAGUGAUAUAUACAAGAAGUUUAGGGAGCAAGCUAAUCGACAAGAGUAG